AUGGAAGAUAAUAUAUCGCAUGAUAAUGAUGAUGAUAAUAAUACUGAUUUUUGGGAAACUGAUUAUCAAACUUUCUUUAGAAAUUUUGCGUUUGUUUAUUAUAUACGUCUUUUUAUCUAUGUUGUCAUUUCAAAUCGAAAUUCUAUGAAAAUAAGUGAUGAAAUCAUUGAAGAUGUUGAUUAUUUUCUAAGUGGAAAUUGUAAAAAACGAAAUUGUAAUUUAAAUGAAGUUUUGUUGGAUGUAUAUGCAUAUUGUGAUAAAAAUAAAUAUUCAAAACUUGAUAAAGCAGAACGUCAAAUUGGAUUCUUAAGAUUAUUUGAAUAUCUAAGUGAAAAAAUAUUUUAUUUCAUUAAUGAGAAUAAACAAAGUACAAAACUUGAACAAGUAUAUUUAGUCUAUAAGAAUUUUUAUAGUUAUUAA